CCUCCGCUUACGGCUGAUGCUGUACUCCCCGUCCCUCUCCGCCUUCUCGCAGACCAUGGCCACGUGCUCGCACUCCCCGUGCACCCUGCGAACCAGCGGGGCGUGAGCUGGGCGGCCUCCCUCAGCCCCCACCCGGCCCCGGGCGCGGCCUUCUCUCCCGCGAUACGGGUGCAGCCAGUUCGGUCAGCACGCACAUGGUGCGGAAAUGGAAUCUCAGACGCCCGUCCUCCAGGCUCUCGAUGUUCCGGAUGAAGACCCUCAGGUCCCCGUUUUCCUCGAUCCGCUUUAUGUCGUCGGAGGCCAUGGACACCGGAUACCAGAUCCCUGAAACCUGCAGGCGAGGCCCCGCAGACGCACGAGGAGCCCGUGUGGCAUGGCCCUGGGGCUUCUUGGUAACUCCUUCCUGCAGGCCCUGGGUGUGUGGCCUCGUACCAGGGUCCCCCUCUGCCCUCCCAGAGCCCCCCCAUCCUCUCAGGGACUCCCUCUGCCCUCCCAGGGACGCCCUUGUCCUCCCAGGAACCCCCCCAUCCUCCCAAGGACCCCUCUGCCCUCCUGGGCACCCCCUGCCCUCCCAGGGAUACCCCCAUCCUCCCAAAGAUCACUGUUCCCUCCUGGGGACAGCCCCUGUCCUCCGAGGUCCCCCUCUGCCUUUCCAGAGACCUCCCCGUCCUCCCAGAGACCCACCCUGCCCUCUCAGCUGGGGGAAGAGAAGCAGGCCCCCAGGAGCAGCGGCCCGGUCACAGGUCAAAGACCCUGGAUGGAGGGAGGACAGACGCCCCGCAGCCCAGCCCCCAGGGGAGGCCCAGACUCAGACCGCAGACCCACCUUGGCCAUGUUAUAGUUCUUCUGCACAAUGGCCUGGGGGUUGAGCUCCUGGGCGGAGCCCAGGCUCAGCCCCAGGGUCAGCAGGAAGAGAGCCAUGGCCUCUGGUGGGGGCCUCACCUGCGGCCCACUGCCUUUAUACCCCUUUCUGCUCCACGGUUGCCACCCCUCUGUGCCCAGCACAGCCUGUCCUCCCCACCCUUCCUCUGAGUGCCGGGAACACAGCCAAAGGCCGCCACCGCUGCCACCCACCCCCGCCCCUCAUGGAUGUCCCAGAGCCUAUGACGGGAGCGCCCUGGAGUCCACCUGGACGGAGUGUCCAGCCAGGAGACGAUGAAUUUGAAGAGAAAGAUUGUGGUGCUGGUUUCAUGUGUGUUUUCCUUCCUGCUGCUGGAGCAUCGUCUCAGGCCUCCCGCAGAAGAACUCAGGCUCUCAGACUGGUUUCAUCCUGGAUUGUCUACGGUUUGGGGCUUUUGCAAUGAUGUUUCAGCGACCCACGUUGGACGUCGAUCUUUUCAACUGUCGCGCGAGUUGACGUGUGGGACGGAUCCCCAAGACAGAGCCAUGAGGAAACGCCCUGAUGUUGUAACAAUCACAGACUGGCUGGCCCCAGUCAUAUGGGAAGGCACCUUCAAUAGACAGGUCCUGGGGAGAUACUACGGGAGACAGAACCUCACCAUAGGCUUGGCUGUCCUUGCUACUGGCAGGACUGCGGACCAGUACCUGGAGCUAUUCAUGCGAUCGGCGAAUAAGCACUUCAUGAGCGGCUACAGAGUUGUCUUUUACAUCAUGGUGGACGCCUUGCCCAGGCUGCCGGACCUGGAGCCAGAUCCUCUCCGAACUUUCAAGGUCCUCCCCAUCAAAGGAGACCGGUGGGGUGACUUUCACCUCACACGCAUGAGUUCCCUGGCCGAGCACAUACUAGGGCACAUUGAGGACGAAGUCGACUUUCUGUUCAGCAUGACCGUCAACAGGGUCUUCCAGAACGACUUUGGGGUGGAGACCCUGGGCGCGUCCGUGGCUCAGCUCCAUGCCUGGUGGUAUUUUAAAAACAAGGACAUCCCUUACGAGAGGAGGCCCAAAUUGGCAGCGUGCAUCCCGUUUGGGCAGGGGGACUUCUACUAUGACGGCUCGGUCAUUGGUGGCAGGCCCCUGGAGGUCUUAACCCUCAUCGAAGGUUACCUGCAAGGGGUCACUCACGACCACAAGAAUGGGCUGAACAGCACCUACGAGAGGCACCUGAACAAGUAUUUUUUCACGCACAAGCCCACCAAGCUGCUGUCUCCCGAAUACAGCUGGAACGCUGCACUCCGGCCCCCCCCACAGGUCUGGUCGGUCAAGGCCACGCGGCUCUCCCGCCGGUACUUCUGACCCGCCGGCUCCUGCGAACGCCCGGCGGCGGGUUCCCGGGGUCAUGGGCGUCCUGACGCUUUCCUGGCUUCUGGGGCUGGCGCGUGCACACCACCCAAGGGAAAUGUUUCUCCUUGCCGUUUGGAACUGUCCAGUUUGGCCCGUGCAGGAUAAAGAAUAAAAAUGAUUAUUUAAUGUCUA